UCUUUGGUACUACAUGUACUAUACGCAGAGUUAUCAUGUGCAUGCUCCCCAGUUUUCACUUUGUGGCAUUAGGAAAAAAAAUCUAAUUUUUUUUUACGGCACCUUUGCGAGUAUUCCAAGGACAACAAAUUAAGAGAUCGAUUUAAAUUUCAAUUCUGCCCAGCCCAUUUUAUUUAUCGAUACAUUAUUUGUUGAUUACAAAAAUAGUCUGGUGCUCGAGGUUGGCCCGGUGGCCGUUCGGAAACCACCUAUGAAACAGGGUAUAAGCCACUGCUGUUGCUGAGUUUGACCAAAUGGAGCUGAAUCCCAUCCUAGGCCCAGGGGACUGCCCCCAGCCAGGCAUGUGGUAUGUCAUCUCAUCCAUGGGGCAGCACCCCUCAGUCAGGGUGGGUCACACAUGCAGCUACGUGCCUGGCAAGACGCCAGACGACAAAGGCAGACUGGUGGUGAUCGGGGGCGCAGACCCAAGUGGGGCAUAUGCAGAGACGUAUCAGCUGGAUCUGGACACCUACCAGUGGACAACACCAGACUACAGUGGCCUGAGACCUCGUUACGAACACGCCAUGUUUCAGCCAGUGAGUCAACCCAACAAGAUAUUCGUAUUCGGUGGUGCCGACCAAGGAAGAAAUAUGAAUGACCUUCAGGUACUAGACCUGGAUUCUGGAAAGUGGAGCACUGUGUCUGUCACCGGUACCCCGCCUUCGCCUCGGACAUGUCGAAACUGUGCUUCCCUGGGUGACAAACUGUACGUUUUUGGUGGUGGGCACCAGGGGGCGGAGCCUGUGAGCGACAGGCAGCUGUAUGCAUUUGAUGCAGCAAGUCUUGCUUGGACGUGUCUAGAGGUCAAAGGUAAAAAACCAUCAAGUCGGCAUGGUCAUGUGAUGGUUGCCGUGGGAACCAAGAUAUACUUGCAUGGUGGAAUGUCUCGAGAGAUCUUCUUCAACGACAUGCAUGAGUUUGACACCAGCACCUUGACCUGGAAACAAGUCCGCUGCAAAGGGGAUAUACCGCUGGGCUGCACCGCCCAUGGAGCUGUUGCAGUUGGCGACAAGAUUGUCAUUUUUGGCGGUAUGACACCGAACGGAGCAUUGGAUGCUACCUACGUCUUCAAUACAUCAAAUUCAAGAUGGCAACGAGUAAAGACAGACGGCGCGCCUCCCGCCUGUCGGCUGGAUUUUGCAAUCUGCACAGCCAAAGUUUUUUACGAUUGUCCUGACGAAGAAGAUCAGGUCCCUGCCAUGUCAGAAGCUGUUCAAAAGCUUGACGCCGUUCUGACGAGCAGAACGGAGAGCAGCGACGGAUCGAGCGACAAGAUUGCCGACCGUGAGGCCUCCGAUUCCAGCAGGACUCUUGAGGGCGCUGGGACGCAAGCCCAGAUUGCCUCAGGAGACGCCAAACACCUCGAAGGCGAGGAUGCGCCAGACAGGGCCUCACCAACAGAGGGCGCUUGUGGCGCAGCCGCAGGUGCUGAAAUUGGUGCUGCUUUGCCGGCUGAGGGCGCUGUUGCUGUUGCCGGACCAGCCGGAGUUAGCCAAGGUAACUGUGUCGUCUGUGUUGUCCAUGGCGGUAUGGAUACGGAGGGGCUGGUGUUCGAUGAUUGUUUGGUGCUUAGAUUGGACAACUUGUCAUGAUGAGCUACUGAAGGAGAAAGUGAAAUUGUAAGUCCUCAAUGGAAUACCAUUAACCACUUGCUGUCGGGAUUAUUUUUGGCCAAAAUUGUGUUUUCUUCGAAAAAAGCAAGACAUAUCGGCCAAAUUAUAAAUGAAGUCUAACACCAUAAAGACUGAGUCUUGAGAGUCAUUUGUACAAUGUUUGUACGGUACUUCUCACCGUGACUUCAUAUUUUGCAACACUCUGAAACCCUGUCGCGGAGUGAUAUUUGCUACGACAACAGUACAGGCCAUGUACAGCGGCCAAGUUCAAGUUCAAAACACGGUGUGUACAAACACUACGGUGUGUACAAACACUACGGUGAACAACUGACGUGUAUACACGUCCACUGCCGGAGACUCAGGGAAAGCUUGACGAUUUUACCCAUCACCCGCCCCUGUGAAUAUACAUUGCCAGAACAUGUUCACUGUACAGGUCCUCCUACGUUAACUGAUUAAACUAGACCCAAGACCAGGUCACAUUGGAAUGUGGACAGGAACUUCUGUCCUUCCUGCUUCUUUUUGUUCAAUAUGCUUAAAAGUAAGCACGCAGGGUCUUCCAGUGGAUGCUUACUUGUAACCUUUGAAUAACUGUGGUCGAUGUUUAAUGCGCUAAAUUCAAAGGAUUGCCGUUAAACUAGACUGUAGACCUAUGCUCGUCGGAGUGAGGAUAGGCAUUUGGACCAAAGCCGUUGAGAUUUCAUCGUUUGCUACUUAAGACCAACCUUCAAAGUAAACGGGGAUGCAUCGUGCAGGGCUUGAUCGUGAACACAUCAUGAAUUGAAUGAAUUGUUGCGAUUUCUGCACAUGCUUCUGAAGUUAAGAUCCAUUGCAGGCGAUGUUUUAAUGGCCUUUACUGCAGAAUUGCAGACCCUUCUUAAGGCCGAUUUACACAUACGCGACUUUGUUGCGCAACAAUAAUGCGCGCCUUUCAAGGUAUGCAGAAUUCAGUGUGUGUGCGUUAACAUUUACACGACUCAGUUGUGCAUCGUAUGUCUCAUUGAUUUGUGCGUAUUUAUAAAAACGCGCGACAUUGUCGCAUAACAAUAUCGUGUAUAUUGGCCUUUAGUGUGGGUAUGCUGCCAGUUUUUUGAAGAAGAAGAUUUUUUUUUUUAAAACUGCUUUCUUUGAAAGAAAUCUUCAGACAUUCUAAAGAAUUUUUAACGAAUGACUUAAAUGUAUGUAUUUUCUAUUAAUGCAGUGGUGGAAUAAAUCCUUGAAAAGUGUUUGAUUCUCAUAA